AUGAAUGCCGCUGGUUUAUUUGAAGAACGUGAACUGUUGAAUACAAAUGAUUUUUCCGAGAGUGAUUUGCUCCAUACUCUUUGGACAUUUGUAUAUCGAGUUUUCAAGAAAGGCGAGGUAAAAGCCCAGCUGGGUGAGCGUAUGAGUGUCUCUUCUGCUCUAGGCAAAAACGAAGGUAGAUCUCUGGAGUUCAUACAAAGAAGAGAGAGGAAAGUAGUAGGUGCAAAGGUGGAUAUCCUCUUUACAAAAUUCACUAAUGAAAUCGGGUGUGCCGAAGUCGGUAAGCAGGAUGUGUUGGUAAUCGAUGAUAAAUACCUUGAUAAUGGUAUGGUAAAGUUACCAAGGACAAUAAGAGAUAUGCUGUGCGUUCUUGUCCAGGCCAACCCUUACAAAAUUAACCAACUGUAUACAAUCGGUUUCUUAAUGAUGGGUCUGAAUCUCGAGUUCUUGGUACUGAAUGUUCCUGCUGGUAAGACCGUCACCAGAAUCACCCGUACCAAGAAGCUUUCUUUCCCGUCUAAGCCAGAAAACAUUAGAAUGGAUUUCCUUCCUAUGUUGGAGGUCACAUUAAUGGGAAAGGCGUUGAUGGAAAACUUGGCAAGAAUAAUUGACGAUUGA